AUAUAACAUAUAGAAGUAAAAUAAUAAUAUAAUUAAUUCAUUAAAGAAUAAGUAUGCCAAAGUAUUACUGUGAUUAUUGUAAGUCAUACUUGACACAUGACACCAUGAGUGUACGAAAGUCUCAUUUAAUAGGAAAGAACCAUAUAAAAUUCUAUUGUAAUUAUUAUGAGUCUAAGGCUAAGCAAACAGGAGUUUGGAAACAUGUUAAUAAUGAUGAUAUAUCAAUGAAGUAUGAAAUAACGUUAGAUUAUUUAAAUAAGAAUGCUCCAGGUCAAAAACAUCGUGGAGAGGAUCAGACGAAUAAUGAUAUCCAAAUCGAUAUACGAGAUGAAUCAUCGCAGAACAAGAAGACUAAUGAUAGUCAAAUAAAUGAUGAAGAAGAUGUUAGUAAAUUUUUACCACCACCUCCUAAUUUAGUGGCAUUUCCUAAUCCACCACCAUCUAUAUUUCAUAUGAACUAUCAACCAUCAUUACAAGAACAUACCAAACAGAUUAAGCCAACUCAUUUCAUAUAGAUAAGUUCGUAGCAAUGUAAUAUAGAUAUGUAAAUUAGAAUUAUUGUAAAAUUUUAUAAUUAUGUUUAUAAUAGAUA